CAUCUUUAUGCAAACGUUUGUCCCAAGAUUGUUUUUCAUCUUGACUUUAAAGUGACGAAGAAAAAAAAAACCUCACAAUGAUUGAAAGGGAGUUUUCCAUAACUGGUAUGCAUGUUGUGCUUUUAAAGCGCCGACAACAAUGACGUUUAUUUUCACAGGUGGAAAAAAACAAGCACUUCAUUACUCUUUUUCCUUUACUUCACCACCUUUUAUCAAAUGGAGGAACAGCCAACUUUCACUCACCCUGACCUUCGCCCAGAGCCUCAAAGCGUAUCGCAGAAUUUUCCUGAGCCUAUUCAACCAUCAAGUCAUGUUGCACAGCCUGCUCCGCUAGCGAGUGAAGACCGAGUGGAGGAUGCCUACACGCAUAAGCCGGCGCCAAGUGCGGAUUCUUUCCAACCUGCCGUCCCUUCUGUGCCAAGUACCAACGGUUUAACUUCUACCUCCAUACCGAGCAAAGUGGAACUCCCUUCUGUUGUCCAAAAGGACGAGCCCUCUCUUAGCAAGCAGAUCCAGAGGGAUUUGAAACGUAAGUUGUAACCGCCACAUUUUUUCUUAUCGAUGAGCAAAGCUAGACUUCUGCAGCGAGAAAAGCCGUAUCCUCGUACAGCAAAGUCGCGUGCUGUCACAUUCAGCGGUGAUUCAUAUCACGGUCGCUGAAUGAAUGGCUCUGCCAAAAAACACAGUUGACGUGUUCCAGCUUUAGCCCAUUCUAGGAAGGGUCUACUACGUGUUUGAAACGUAAACAUACCAACUUUGAUAACCCUCAUAUUUACGUUAUCUACUUUCUCCCUUAGCCGUCGAAGCUGAACCACCUGUCACAUUUGAACAAGGU